CCUGGAUGUUGAUUUGUUCAGUUUCGAGUUGUUUCCAGCCCCCAUAAUGAAUGAAAUGCUGUUCGGUUACUCCAGCCCAUCGAAUCAUGGAUGCUGAGUGCUGCGCUGAGCUGACGAGCCUAUAACAGUUCCGUAAACCAGGGACCCCGUGAGUGAUUGAGGUAUGAUGAUCGGCUGCAGCGGGAAAGGUGGCGGCGGGGUUACCUUUCGGGCUACGUAGCAAUGGACCGCGUGCUUGUGCCAACCUGACCCCGCCAACAUCCCACUCUACCCACUCUGAUACGUAACCUCAAAGCCUCCGUAUCUAACAACCUCCCUUUGACCUCAAAACAAUACAACUCCCCUAUACUCGCCGCAACAACCAGAAUCUCCUAGUAACGCUGAAAGAUAUUCUAUUUCCCACUGAAGUCGCUCUUUCCCGCGGUCUAUGUAGACUCCCAGAAUGCGACCGGUCCUCGGCGAUGACGCUUUCGGAGGUCCGCGCGUCGCCGAUAACAGCGACGCCCCUCCCACCUUCCACCCUCCCCCUGGGCUGCAAAUGACUUACGUUCUCGGUGACGAGUCGACCGUGGAUGUCGCCCUUCAGCAGUCGUCCGCUGCCUUCCAACGGCCGUGGGAGGCAAGGAAGGGCAACGGACACGAAAGCGCCGGCGCUACUGCUCCCGGCAGUGGGUCUUACCCCGGUGAUAAGGAAUGCAAAGACGGCAGACCCUCCAGCUCGAAGGGGCCUAUCGAGGCUCUGAAGCACGACGAUUAUACCAUCUCGCGACCCGACUCACCGACUUACAAAGCCUCUGGCGCGUCAAACCUGUCGCAGCCGAUGACUCCGAUGCUGUCGGGAGCAUCUGGGCCCGCAUCCGCAUUCAGUAGCGUCUCGUCGAGGCGGAACUCCUUUGUCGGGUCCCUCGACCUGGGGAGCCAGGUACUCAGCACGGAUGGCGAGGCCGACAAGGAACCCAGCUCAACCAUGAUGGACAGUGGAAGUGCCCCCCAGCUCGUUAUGCCCAGCAUCAAGAUGCCCAGCCGACGGCCGUUCACAGACACGGGGAAGUCCAUGGGAAGGCUCAAGGUGCUCAUUGUGGGCGACUCCGGAGUCGGCAAGACCUCACUCAUCAAGGCCAUUGUCCAGUCUUGCGAGCACAUUGUCCACGUCGACGCCAUUGUACCAUCCCCGGCAUCGUCCAUUAUGAGAGCCCCGGCUCCACGCCGAGGCGGCCGGAGGCAGUCUUCAAGGUCAGAACUUGGGACGACCGAGAUCACCGAGAUCUUCGCUAGCACCAAGCCGUACCCCGAGUGGUGGUCUGACCUGGAUGACUCGCGCAUUUUGAAGCGGAGGAAGAGCCUCGGUGAUACAGUUCUCGACCGGAAUAUCUGCUUCGUUGAUACCCCUGGCUAUGGAUGUGGCUCUUCGGCCAUGGACACUAUUUCGCCCGUCGUGCAGUACGUGGAAUCGCACCUCCAGCGCAUGCGCUCCAACUCCCUCGGCGACGGGGACAUGCUGAACAUGCUCGGCGGCGAUGGCGGAGUACAGGUGGAUGUCGUAUUCUAUAUGAUUUCACAUCGCCUCAAACCGGUCGAUAUACAGUACCUGCGCCAAUUAGCACCCCUAACCAAUGUUAUACCCUUGCUUGCGCAGGCAGACCGCAUGUCGCCAGAGCAUGUGGCUGCGAGCAAGGAGCAGAUCAACAGCCAGCUGCGGGAGGCCAAUAUCCGCCCCUUCAGCUUUGCAACAGCAUUUCCAGGCUCGGAAGCCCAGCAGCCGGGAUGCCCCUACGCCAUAUCUAGUGCCACCGGCUCUGAUCACGACACCAUGGAUGCCAGCCUGCUAAUGAGCCCAGAUUACGUCCAACCCCUGAUACCCACCGAGCUGGCCGCGCUCGUCCAACAGAUCUUCAAUCAGGACGGCGUGUCGUGGCUUCGGCACUCAGCGGCAAGGAAAUAUAUCCAGUGGCAGAAGGCCGAGAGCGCGUCGCGGCCCAUGGAACUCUACCAACCACCAAAUCCAAGCAGUCCGUAUGGGCAGGGCCCGGCUAGCCGUGUCCUCACUCCCCCACUCGGCGCAACGUCUUCAUUUGCCAUCGCGAGAAUCGCCGACCAUACACAGAGAGAGGAGCGGCUGGCUCAGAUCCGGCUUGCCAACUGGGCGGCAGAUCUGCAGAAGAGUCUGGAUAGAGAACGAGCCAGCUACGAACAGCUGGCACGCGGCGAGCGAGCCAUAUGGCUGACCGAACGACUCAACGAGUGCGUCCAAGAUGGGACGCUCGUCCCAACCUCGGGGCGCGGCACGAGCGCAUCCCAGGCGGAGGGGCAGACCAGGCGGAGCUGGGGCCCCAACCGGGGCUUGAAAACCAAGUCCAUGCAACACCAAGAUCCCCUGGGGCUCCUCGAGGUUGUUGCGGAUGUCAGGCACAAGGGGUUGGUUGCAUUGGAAGUGCUCGGCAGCCUGAGCGUGCUCGGCGGGCUUGCUCUGUGGAUCUCAAAGCACUAUUGGCAUUUCCAACCCUACGGGUGGGUAGUUGGCGAAUGGGACAAAUUCUGGUACGGCGGACGGUGAUGGCACGGAAUGUGGCAUCUAGUGUUGGGGUGGAAGUGGUGGGCGACGAGGAGAGGCCAUAUUAUUGACUCGUGACCUCGAAAUAGGUCGGCGAUAGAAGUGUACUCAAUUUCAGAUCCGUUUCUAAUGUUCAUAUCCUCCUCAAUAUUAUUUUCCAGGAUCCUAAAAA